UCAGCUUGAGUUUAUAAAGUGAAGGAUUUGUCAUCAGUACUGUGAAAGUACAGCCCUUGACACAAGGUACACUUAAACCAAGGACACACUAUACAUAAGAACAACUUUUGAGCGCGGCUAGAGCGAAUCAGAAUGACUGACAGAAACUCUGGUGGAAGACGUCUUAGGCAGUGGCUGAUUGAGCAGAUCCAAAGCUAUUUGUACCCAGGACUCUUGUGGGAAAAUGAAGAGAAAACCAUGUUCCGAAUUCCCUGGAAACAUGCGGGAAAACAGGACUACAACCAAGAAAUCGACGCUUCCAUCUUUAAAGCCUGGGCCAUCUUUAAAGGCAAAUUUAAGGAGGGAGAUAAAGCUGAGCCAGCGACGUGGAAGACGAGGCUUCGCUGUGCUUUGAACAAGAGCCCCGACUUUGAAGAAGUCUCGGAGAGGUCACAGCUGGACAUAUCCGAGCCUUACAAGGUGUACAGGAUUGUCCCGGAGGAAGAGCAGAAAUGUAAAUCUGCAGCCAUGAAUGGCAGCAGCUGCAGUGAUGUCACAGACAUGGAGUGCAGCCCAUCUGAACUGGAUGAGCUCAUAAAAGAGUCAUCAGUCGACGAGUACCUUGGCAUAAUCAAGAGGAGUCACUCCCCUCCACAGGAGGCCUGCCGGAGUCAACCACAGCAAGAGUGGUGGCUACAACCAAACAUGAGCCCACUGCCAGCGAUGCAAGAACAACCAGCAUCUGGGAAUUUCCAUGCAGCCUUUUCUCAGAUGUGGAUUACCUUCUACUAUGGAGGAAAGAUGGUGAGCAGCACCCCCGUCACUCACAGCGACGGCUGCCGUAUCUCUCCAUUCCAGCCGGCUGUCGCCAACGAGGUCCUGUACGGGUCGGACAGCCUGCAGAAUGUGAAGUUCCCCCCCACGGAGAUCAUCGAGAACGAGCGCCAGCGCCACGUCACCAGAAAGCUCUUCGGGCACCUGGAGCGGGGGGUGCUGGUGCGCAGUAACCGUGAGGGUAUCUUCAUCAAGAGGCUGUGCCAGAGCAGGGUGUUCUGGAGUGGCCAAUGCUCUCCCUACAGUGACAGCCCCAACAAGCUAGAGAGAGACGCCGUGGUCAAGAUCUUUGACACCAGCAGGUUUUUAACAGCUUUGCAGCUGUACCAGGAAAAUCGAUGCCCAGCUCCUGAUCCCACAGUAACCCUGUGCUUCGGAGAGGAGUUCCCUGAUGCUCCCCAUAUGAAAUACCAAAAGCUACUCAUUGUGCAGAUCACACAAAUGAACUGCCAGCAGCUCUUGGAUGCUGUGAAUGUACAGAGGCAUAGCUACAGCAGUGGGAGCCUGGAGAUUUCUGAUGAGAACCAGAACGACCAAAUGGCACGAAUCUUUCAAGACCUCUGCAGUUACAGCGGACCACCCAGACAAAGCUUUCGUGAAAUUCAGCAAAUUACCGUAUAAAAUGGGAGCAUGUGGGGGGACUCAGUUUAACUUGCUUUAAUCUACUUAUCCAAAAAUAGGUGCCUCUUCAGAGAUUAGCUUUUUAGUUGAAUUUCUGAAGUAUAUAUUUUUUUGCUGUUUACCCAGUAGAAAUUAGAUAGGUUUAACUAUCUGUUCCGUCAAAUUAUGUGCACAUACCAAAUCCAAUUGUUAAACUUAGGAUUUAAAAAUACUCAAUAUAAAAACAAUGUAUCUUAAUUUGAAUCGAUUCAAAUGUUGUUGCUUUUUAAUGUUUUUCACUGCAGGGCUUAACAUUAUGUAAUAUAGUGUAAAUAAAAAUGUAUUUUGUUAUAUUUCUAGGUUUUAUAUUUUAAGGUUCAUGCU